AUGGGCCAGUUGGAAGAAAGGCCGUUCCUACAGCCAUUAAAUUUGAGAUUUGGGGGGAAGGAAUUAGAUCAUCAAUUUUUAUAUAUGCCCAAUUGCCCUAAGUCACUAUUUGGGAGGGAUUUGCUAUCUCUUUUGAACAUGAAAAUUCUGUUUGAAGAUGGAAGAGUUAAAGUAGAAGUUCCUGAAGAAGAAAUAGCCAAAUUAUUCGUGAUUAGAGAAGUUGAACCCACCCCUAUCCCUGAGGAGGUAGAACAGGCUGUGGUACCAUGGGUAUGGGAAACGGGAGUCCCGGGGAAGUCUAAAGCUGCUCAACCAGUAAUAGUAGAGUUAAAAGAAGGGGUACAACCUGUAAGGAUAAAACAGUAUCCUAUUAAACUUGAAGCCAAAGAAGGGGUUGCUCCUCUCAUAGCACAAUUUCUAACACAAGGAAUACUGGAAGAAUGUGAAUCAGAAUACAACACCCCCAUUUUUCCCGUAAAGAAACCUAAUGGUAAGUAUAGAUUGGUACAGGAUUUACGGGCAAUUAAUAACAUUGUUAAGGAUAUUCACCCAGUGGUUGCAAAUCCAUAUACUUUGUUAACAUCUGUGUCUGAAAAGUUUAAAUGGUUUACUGUAAUUGAUUUGAAGGAUGCAUUCUUCUGCAUUCCCCUGGCAUUGCAAAGUAGGAAAUAUUUCGCCUUCGAAUGGGAAAGCCCAGACACCGGUCGCAAGAAGCAACUCACCUGGACGAGAUUACCCCAAGGCUACAAGAACAGUCCGACGAUAUUUGGGAAUCAGUUGGCAAAAGAAUUGGAAGAAUGGAAGAUGACUGAGGUAAGAGACUCGCCGUUCUCAUACGUGAUUUUACAGUAUGUCGAUGAUAUCUUUCUAGCCACAGAAGAGAAAGAACUGUGUUUAAAACUCACCAUAGCAUUGCUGAAUAUGCUGGGCCAGGCUGGAUAUCGAGUAUCAAAAGAAAAAGCACAGCUGAUAAAGGAAAGUGUGAUUUACCUGGGUUGUGAAAUCAUUCAGGGUCAGAGACGGUUGGGAAUCAACCGAGUGGAGGCCAUUUGUGCCAUCCCGCUCCCGAGAAGUCACCAAGAAUUAAGAUCUUUCUUGGGGAUGGUAGGAUGGUGUCGAUUGUGGAUUCCAAAUUUCGGGUUACUAGCGAAACCAUUGUAUGAGGCCCUGAAGGAACCACAGCUGAACUGGGACAGGUCAAGGAAGAAUGCUUUCCAAAACUUAAAACAAGCCCUGAAGGAGGCCCCGGCUUUAGGGCUCCCGGAUUUGAGCAAGGACUUUCAGUUGUAUGUAAAUGAAAGACAAAAGCUGGCUCUGGGAGUACUAACCCAACGGAUUGGGUCAUGGAAACGCCCGGUGGGAUACUUCUCGAAGCAGCUGGACACUGUCAGUGCUGGUUGGCCGUCAUGCUUGCGGGCAGUUACGGCCACGGUGAUCCUCAUUCAAGAAGCCAGAAAAUUGACGAUGGGCAAGAAAAUGGAGGUAUUUGUACCCCAUAUGGUACUGGCUGUUUUGGAACAAAAGGGGGGUCACUGGUUAUCAUCUAGCCGAAUGCUGCAGUACCAAGCAAUAUUGAGAGAGCAGGAUGAUGUAGAAUUGAAAAUAACUAAUCAUAUUAAUCCAGCAGAAUUUCUCCGCAGUGAACAGGAGGAGGGAGAAUUGGCGCAUGAUUGUGUGGAGGUCAUCGAGCAGGUAUACGCUAGUCGGAUAGAUCUUAAAGACACACCGAUGGAAGAUCCAGACUGGGAACUGUUCACGGACGGAUCAAGUUACGUGGAAAAUGGUACCAGGUAUGCAGGGUAUGCCGUGGUAACUGUUCAUACGAUUGUAGAGGCAAAAGCUUUACCUCCUGGUACCUCAGCCCAGAGGGCAGAAAUAAUUGGGCUUACACGAGCCCUAGUCCUCAGUACUGGAACAAAAGUAAAUAUUUGGACUGACUCUAAAUAUGCCUUCGGGGUAAUCCAUGUACAUGGGGCAUUGUGGAAGGAGAGAGGACUACUCAGUUCACAGGGAACAUCUAUCAAGUACAAAGAAGAAAUCUUAGCUUUGCUGGAAGCAGUACACAGACCGAAAAAGGUUGCGGUAAUGCAUGUGAGAGGACAUCGAAAGGAGGAAGGAAAAAUUUACCAAGGAAAUGAUUUGGCUGAUGUGACAGCUCGAAAGGUGGCUCGAGAGGUAUGGACUCAGAUGGCAUUGAUACCAGUCAAGGUAAGCCCAGUAAAUCCCUACCUAAACCAGGCACCUAAAUAUUCAAUAGACGAUGAGAAGUUGGCAAUGUUAUUGAAUGCACAAAAGAACAUGACUGGAUGGUAUGUAACAACAACGGGACAGGUCGUGGUACCAGCAAAAAUAAUGAAAGUCAUUUUGGAAACAGAACAUAACAAAUGCCAUUGGGGUGCAGAGAUGCUCGUAAAAUUCUUAAGGAGAGAAAUAGUUUCAAACCAGAUGUUAACACUUGCAAAACGGGUGAAUGCAAUGUGCCCAGUCUGUUUGAAAAAUAACCCAAUUGUCAGGAAACAAAUUCAACUAGGGAAACUGCAGGUAGGACCGGAACCGGGAGACUAUUGGCAAGUAGAUUUUUCUGAGUUACCAAAAGCACAAAAUUUCAAGUACAUGAUAGUGUAUGUCUGUACCUUUUCAGGAUGGCCAGAAGCUUACCCCUGUAGGACAAAUCAGGCUAAGGAAGUGGUUAGGACACUGCUUAAAGAAAUCAUUCCCAGGUUCGGGGUACCUCUAGGGUUGUCGUCGGAUAGAGGUCCACAUUUUAUAGCUGGGAUUGUGCAAACAGUAGCUAGGAUGUUGGACAUAUCCUGGGACUUGCAUACACCUUGGCGACCUCAAUCAAGUGGUCAGGUUGAAAGAAUGAAUCAAACACUGAAAGGGCAAAUCAAGAAAAUUUGCCAGGAAGCUAAAAUGCAAUGGCCGCAAGCAUUACCGUUAGCUUUGUUGCGAAUCAGGAUAAAGCCCAGGGAGAGGUUGGGGGUAAGUCCUUAUGAGAUUCUAUAUGGGAAACCUUAUCAUGCUACCGUACUAAAGGGAGAUCUACAUGUACAAGGGGACCAAGUGAUAUUUAAUUAUGUAAUGUCACUAAACAGAACUCUCAACAGCCUACGGGGAGCCCUGCAGUGGAACCGACCCCUACCACUGGAGAAUCCAGUCCAUGACAUCCAACCUGGUGACCGAGUGUAUGUGAAAAAUUGGUUCACGGAUCCACUGAAGGAAACAUGGGAUGGCCCCUACCAAGUGAUCCUGACGACCUACACAGCAAUAAAGGUGGCGGGAAUCGACACCUGGAUCCACUACACUCGAGUCAAGAAAAUUCCAACACAAUGGGAGACUCAGAUGGUCUCCCCGACGCGAAUGAUAUUUCGCGCAAAGCCGCAUUCUUAA